AUGUUAUUACACAGUAUGUUCAUCUCUGGAAGCUCGUGGUUGAAAUGGAUGGCCACAUUACUUCACUUGGGUCUGUUCCUGCAGCUGGUGGUGUGGGAAUCGACAGAGGCCAUCCACCCAGACUGCGCCGUGGUGGUCCAGCUCAUGAAGGCUCAGGAAGAAUGCAACCAGAUCCUCAAACGGGAGGAGAACAACCACUCCGCCAAGACAGGUUACAUCUACAGGAACUGCACUGAGGAUGGAUGGUCCGAGCUCUACCCCUCCUAUGAGGAGGCCUGUGAGUUCACAGAGUACGAAGAGACAGAAUCAGAGACAACAUACUUCUCCAACUUCAAACAGGUGUACACCGCUGGCUACGCUACCUCCCUCGUCUCUCUUAUAUCGGCCAUUUUUGUCUUCACUGUGUUCAGGAAGUUUCACUGUACCAGGAACUACAUCCACAUCAACCUGUUCUUCUCCUUCAUCCUGCGAGCGAGCGCUGUCUUCAUUAAAGAUGGCGUUCUUUUUUCUGAUGAAAACCUGGACCACUGCUUCAUGUCUACUACAUCCUGUAAAUCAGCUGUGGCCUUCUUCCAGUUCAGUAUCCUGGCAAACUACUUCUGGCUGCUGGUGGAGGGCAUGUACUUGCAGACGUUGCUUGCUCUUACCUUUGUCUUCCAGAAGAAGUACUUCUGGUGGUACAUACUCAUCGGCUGGGGUCUCCCAACAACAAUCAUAACAGCGUGGAUCCUCACUCGAAACUUCUACGAUAACAGGGGGUGCUGGGAUGACACAGAUGUGGCCUUCAUCUGGUGGAUCAUAAAAGCUCCAAUAACUGCAUCACUACUGGUGAACUUUAUCAUCUUCAUCAACGUGAUCCGUAUUCUGGUCCAGAAGCUGAGAUCUCCUGGUGUUGGUGGCAACGAUACCAGUCACUUCAAGAGGCUGGCCAAAUCCACUCUGCUUCUCAUCCCUCUGUUUGGGAUGCACUACAUGGUGUUUGCCAUGCUGCCAGAAAACACAGGAGCAGAGGCCAGAAUCUUCAUAGAGCUCGGUCUGGGAUCCUUUCAGGGAUUUGUUGUGGCCCUGCUCUACUGUUUCCUAAAUGGUGAGGUGCAGGCAGAACUGAAGAAGAGGUUUUGGAAGUGGCAGACUCAGAGUUACCUGAGCUACAGUAAACGACGGCGUACGUUGUUCACCGACAGCAGCACGGUCACUCAGAUAUCCGUCCUGGACAAAUCCAGCCCUAAAGAUCAGCCGGCCUUAGAAACACACAGGCUGACAUCCAGCAACGUCUCCACCGUCUGA